CCUCGUAUUUAAACAAAAUUGACCGUCUACCCUUCUUAAUCUGCGAUGUAAUGUGCUUUGUUAGGGGCUAGUAAAACGGAUAAUUUUAGUUGAACCGUUACUUCCAAACAAUAAUCGUUGCUGCUUCUAAUAAUUGGAAAGUUAGCUGAAGAUAUUGAACCAUGGGAAAAAGAGAUAACAGAGUGGCUUAUGUUAACCCAAUAGCGGCAGCAAGAGCCAAAGGUCCCGUUGAUACGGGAGGAUCAACUAUACAGGAUUACCUAAACAGACCAGGGAGGCCGACAUGGGAGGAAUUCAAAGAAAAACUUGAUAAACGUAACCAUGGAUCCAGUACACUUGCUGACUGGGAAAAGAAAAUGAAUGAGCAACAUAAGGAAGACCUCAGGAAGAACAGAGAGAAGUUACUAAAUAAAGCUUUAAAAAAGAAGAAAAAAGAAAAGAAAAUGAAGAAAAAGAAACGACACAGGUCGCCUUCUCCUUCAUCUUAUUCGUCAUCUUCUUCAGAUAGUGAAUCAGAAACACAGGUAAAGAAAAAAAAGAAGAAACGGAAGAAAGACUCUUCAAGAAGUAGGGAACGUUACUCUGGGAGUUCAGAUGAAAGAAGAUCAUCAAAAGACAGAAGGAAAAGAUCAAAGCUAAAAUAGAAAAAUAAGAGGAGAAUGAAGCGGGUGCAGUGUGCUUCAUAUGUGUAUAUCAAGUGGAAUAAUGUACCUCAAAAUGCAGUGCAGAUAAUUUUGAUUAUGCAUUAAAUAGUUUUUGAAUGAGGAAUAGCAUGAUUUUGAUUGACAUAACCCUCAUGAACCCCCACCCACAACUUUGAAUGAGAAGGUUUAGAAGUGUCUUAUAUUAGUGCACAUGACCCUUGCACCUGGGAUCACAUGGGAAUGAGGAUAUGGGUUAACAGUCUCUAGUAUAAUAGAUCGCACAUACUUUGCAGCUGUGAUCACAUGAGAAUGAGGAUAUGGGUUAACAGUGUCCAGUAUAAUAGAUCAUAUGAACUUUGCAUCUGGGAUCACAUGCGAAUGAGGAUAUGGGUGAACAGUCUCUAGUAUAAUAGAUUGCAUGAACUUUGCAGUUGUGAUCACAUGAGUGUAGGGUUAAUGAUAUAAUAAUACUGUAGAUCACUAGUUGAGCAUCAUAUUUGCGAUUACAUGAAGUUACAGUAAUAGUAAUAGUAUAUAUCUUUCUUAUUUAUAAAUAGCUCCCAGUCAGGAUAUGGGUCAAUUCUGUACUUAAUAAAUAUCAUGGGACUAUGAUUUGGAUUAUUUAUUUUUGCAAUUACUGUAUAUUUAAUUUUGAAUGAACAAGUAAAAUCAAUAUCCUUUUGUACACAUUGUACAUUGUCCUAAUAUGUUCCUCCUGAGGUGAAGUUUAAGUUAACAGGUUAUAACAAAAAUUGUAUUCAAACAAGUUACUCAGAUUAUGGAAAGCUCAGAAAUAAUGAAAGUAAAUUAAUAAUAGCCAAACAAAAAGGUGUAUUUUUUAAGUUACGUUAAGCAAAAGAAUGAUUUCUUGACAACAACCCUCUCACAGCCUAGUCUCAAUAUCAAGUACAGUAGAAUGUUGUAACCAUUAUGCUAGACUAGUCUGGCUUGUUGGGGCAGUUUUAUAUGCAUGGUAUUUACUGUCCUAGAUACAUUUAGCUAUGCACUAAAUCAUGACCAGUCAAAUGAUGGAGAGCUCAGGAUAUUUACAUUUUUAAACAGGAUAAAUUCAUGGCUCUUCUAAAUUUUGUGUAAACGUAUGUGAGUUGCUACUUUAAGUAAUGUAUUAUUUACCAGUUAGAUAUAAAGAUAAGGUUUUGGAGGUCUUAAAAUUUGAGUGAACUCUACUGUAAAGUAUAUAUUUUUAGCCUAAUUUCAAUCUUGCAAUCUGUAAUUAGAAGCAGGGAUGAGGAGUUCCAAAAUCUUAUUUUACUCCCCUUCACAUUUUUUUGUUUUUGUUUCUGUGGAUUUGUAAAUUAAUUAAAAAAAUACAUUUAAAAACUU